UUUUUUUGCUUACAUGGUAGCGGGCGGAAGUGAGUCUGAGGGAAGCAGCAUUUGGUAAAAAUGUCUGUCAGCAUCAUGGUGGAGUAUUGUGAGCCGUGUGGGUUCAGGUCCCACUAUGAAGAGCUGGCAAGUGCCGUGAAGGAAGAAUUUCCUGACAUUACCAUCGAGUCCGGUCCUGGUGGAACAGGUGCCUUUGAAAUUGAGAUCAACGGGCAGCUGGUUUUCUCCAAACUGGAGCUGGGGGGGUUUCCAUAUGAGAAAGAUCUCAUUGCGGCCAUCAGAAAAGCCAAAAACGGGGAACCGCUGGAGAAGAUCACCAAUAGUCAGGCCCCAUGUGUUAUUUUAUAAUUCUCCAGGUGCCAAUCUUUCUGACAUAAACGCUGUAAUGAAUCGAAUGACUUGUAGCCGUAGCAUUGGCUUCCCUCAGGUCUCACCUGUAAGUCCAGCCUGAUGGUAUGUUCCAGCCAUUAAUAGGCCCACAAACACACAAUAAUACUAGAAGACUUCAAGCAAUAGAAUAUAUAUAAGGAGAACAAGAUUCACAGUUAGACUUGUGUCUCCUUACAGUCGUGCUUUUUGUUAGUCGUAUGCAUUGUCUUUAUGCUUCUCCUGGAUUCAUAUAUAUGUGUAUGACUAAAGCAGAUCAGAUAUAACCUACAGCUAUGGUCAAUUGAGAUUAUAUUACACUUUUUGGGAAAACCCAUAAUCCUUGUGCUGUCUUUAUACUAGAGCUAUUUCCACCAGUUAUAGAUUACAUUUACAUUAUAUUGUGAAUAAAGUGCCCCUCUUGUAAAUUAUAAGGCUGUUCUAAGUUACCGAGGAGUUUCAUGACCAUAUAGAUGUACAAGGCCAAAGGCCGUGUUUUUAUACAGGUCAUGGAACUCCCAGGUAACUUCUAGUAUCCUCAUAUUUUGCAACAGGGGGUACUUUACUUAUUAUAAUACACAAGUUUUAUGUGACAAAAA